GAUCGAAGGCGGUGUUUCCUGGCCGGCCCUUUCCCUAGCAGGGCAGGACAACAGCCGGCGGCAGCAGCGGGAGGCCGUGCCUGCCUGGGGACCGCGUGCGUCGGCGUCCUCCGCUGCUCCGGCCGACGUGUAGUUUGGCUGCGGCAAGGUGCCUUUCCCAGGUGGAAACAUUGGGUUUGUGGCUUGUUUUGGUUCCUCCCCCCGCGUGGGAACUGUGCGUGAAGGAUGCAGAAAGUGAAGCGGUCCGGGGUUGCUUUUACCCUCCCCGCUGACAGGCCUCAGGGAAAACGCCCAGCCUCGGGCCGGGCAGGCUUUGCGUUCAGCUCGUCGCGCUUUUUCCGUUCUUGUAAUCCUGGUGAUGGGACGAGGGGGCGGCACGUGAGGGGGGACCUGAGGGGAAAUUAAACCUGGCCCGAGGGAAAGGAAACCAGCAGUUUCUCUUCGACUUCCUUCCAGCUCCCCUGGCUCCGUGCGCCUUUCGCACAGCGUAACGCGAGUCGGCUUCCUGCUUCCUGCGCGCGUGGAGGCGGCCGUGACCCCUCCGUGCCGCCCGACGGCAGGUGGCUGUACGGAGCCUUUUCCACGGCGGCAGAGCCCGCAGCUUUCCGGAACUGCCGUUUUACCAGAAGCAGAAGUGAAAGCUCCCACUGGGACCUGAAAUAAGCGUCAGCCGGGGAGGAGGGGGCAGAGGCAGGCCGAGGACGGAGGGGUCGCUCAGCCCCGGCGUGCGCGGUGCUCUGCACCGUUCCUGCGCCCGGAGUUCAGCUGGGGGCUGGCAGAGCAGAGGAGCCGGGCGGAAAGACGUGGAAAAGCUGGAGCUGCUCAGGAAUGUGUGCAGAACGGUUUUUCCAAGAGCAUCGCCGAGUACGACCUCAAGGAUAUCUCCUACAAGGUGAAGAGCCCGACGUGCCACGAGCUGACGGUCCUUGGCUCCGCAGACGAACCGAUGGUGUUUAGCUUUGAGGAGGAGCGGGAGGCGCAGAAGUGGUGGACGGUCGUGAGCAGCUCCCUCCGGGAGGUGCAGAAAGCCUCGGACAGCAGCAGCAUGCUGGCAUCCCCGGCCCCCUCCCUGCCCGUGGCUGCUGGAGGAACCUCUGCGGCGGAGGAUCCAGAGGAAGCUUUGUUCUCGGAGCUCACCAAAACCGAGGAUCUGGCGCUGCACCUCGCCCAAGCAAUCGAGUUUGGGGACGAGGAGGUGGCCUCGCAGUGUGCCGCGGCGCUGGCUCGCCAGCAAGCCUCUCUGAGUAUCCUGCUGAAGGAGUCCAGCUACCCCACGGACGAAAUCAGCAUGAAGGUCGUCGUGGAAGAUGCCACGAGUUCUGCAAGCAUCACCAUCAGAGUCUACGCUCACACUACAAUAGCGACCCUCAAGCAGCAGGUGUUCCAGGACUAUGGCUUCCACCCCCUGGUUCAGCGGUGGAUCAUCGGGCAGUGCCUGUGCGUGGACGAACGGACCGUCUCCUCCUACGGCAUCCGCCGGGAUGGCGACACCGCGUUUCUCUACCUGCUCUUGGCAAAGACAGUCGAGCUCACCGAACAGCGCUACGAGGAGGAUCAGGCACAAAUCAUGCUGAGCUCCACCUGCUCGCUGACCGACAGCGCCGGCGCCAGCGCCAGCGCCGGGGAGAAGCGCAAAUACAACACCCUGCCCAGCAUGUCUCCGAAGAAAGCGUGGGGCAACGACAACAGCAGGAAGAUGGACAUCGGUGAAAUCAGCCAGCACUUGGAUAUGCUGCAGAUUGGUGACCUUUUCACUAACCAGCCCAAGCCUGCUCCAGCCAGCGCAGCUUUGCCUUCGCCCGUGCAGGCGGGCUGGUCGUGUCCGAAGUGCACCUUCAUCAACAAGCCCACGCGGCCGGGCUGCGAGAUGUGCAGCACGGACCGCCCCGCCGAUUACGUGGUCCCCGGCAGCUACAAGCCGGAUGAAACGGAGCUCUGGAGGAUGCAGCAGGAGCAGGAGGGCAUCCUGCAGUACCAGCAGGCGCUGGAGGCCGAGCGGAUGCGGAACUUCCAGCAGCUGCUGCAGAUGGAGGCGGAGGUGCUGGUGCCCAACCAGGAGGUGCUGGAGUGCCGCAUCUGCUACCAGCAGGUCGCCCCGGGAGAGGGGGUGCUGCUGCGCGAGUGUCUGCACAACUUCUGCAGGGACUGCCUGCGCCAGGUGAUCAACUACAGCGAGGAGCCGGAGGUGGCCUGUCCCUUCCGCGACGACUCCUACGCCUGCGGCAGCCACCUCCAGGAGCGGGAGAUCCGGGCGCUGGUGUCACCGGAGGAGUACCGGCGCUUCCUCGAGCGGAGCUUGGUGCUGGCCGAGCGGCGCACCCAGAACAGCUUCCACUGCAAGACCACCGACUGCAGGGGCUGGUGCAUCUACGAGGACUCGGUGAACGAGUUUCGCUGCCCCAUCUGCCAGGCCCUCAACUGCCUGCUCUGCAAGGCCAUCCACGAAGGGAAGAACUGCCGCCAGUACCAGGACGACCUGCAGGUGCAGGCGCAGAACGACGCCGCUGCCCGGCAGACCAACGACAUGCUGCAGACGCUGGUGCAGCUCGGGGAGGCCAUGCACUGCCCCACGUGCCUCAUCAUCGUCCAGAAGAAGGACGGCUGCGACUGGAUCCGCUGCACCGUCUGCCAGACCGAGAUCUGCUGGGUGACCAAGGGGCCGCGCUGGGGGCCCGGGGGCCCCGGGGACACCAGCGGGGGCUGUCGCUGCAACGUCAACGGACAGAGGUGCCACCCCCGGUGCCAGAACUGCCACUGAGCCCCCGCCCCGCGGGGACAGCGGACUGGAGGCGGCCGGGCGGGGAGCGGCUCUCCCCCCUCCGCCGGACGUCCCGGCGGUCCGGCCCGCGGGACGGUGACGCGUGCGGGCGUCCUCCUGCCCGGCGCGGCGCUCCCAGGCCGGCGGCAGCCAGAGGACGGGAUGGACUGAGGGGCCCUCGCGCCCGGAGGUGCUGCGUGGCCGACGGCCUCUGCUCUGCCCCGUGCAGGGAGCACGCGGGGACCUGGCCCCACACCGUGCCGGGACACGGGGGAGGCCGGGGCGGGCGGCUCCGCGCAGCCUCCCGGCCGGCGCGACCCACACGAGCAGCGCGGGGCGUCCCAAUAAAGCUGUGUGCGUACCCA